CAGUGGGCGACGGCAAGCACACGCAGCCUCCUCAGCAUCUCCUGUCUCUCUCAUCGCGGACGAAACCCACCAGUAACCCCUCUCAAAUCUGGAUCUAUCUCUCUAAUCUGUAUAUUUUCACCUGAUGUGAGAGAGUGUUUUGCAGGGAGCAGCGAUGGGCGCGUUUGGAGUGAUCUUGAGGAGUUUACACUGUGUGGGACUCUACAUCCAACUUAGUGCCAGUGUCAGACAAGCUGGAAGUGACGAGGUAGAGAACCACAUAUCCAGCAACGCUCUCUUCACAGAGGUCCCUCAUGACAUCACAGCACAGAGCGGACAGGAUGUGGAGAUGGCGUGCUCGUUCCGGGGGGCGGGGUCACCAUCCUACUCGCUGGAGAUACAGUGGUGGUACAUAAGGAACCACAGAGAAUGGACGGACAAGCAGACAUGGACCACCAAUCAGGUGGUGCCCCAAAACGAGAUGUUGAAGGAUGCCACCAAAAUCAGUGUGGUGAAGGUUGCCGGUAGCAACAUCUCCCACAAGCUGCGUCUAUCCAGUGUGAAGCCAACGGACGAGGGCACGUAUGAAUGCCGCGUCAUCGAUUUCAGCGACAGUAAACUGCGCCACCAUCGCGUGCGGGCAUACCUACAGGUGGAGCAUGGCGAGGGGAACGCGGCUCCUCCGCCCCAGCAGGGGGCAACAUCACAAGAGGAACUUCUGCCGUCCGAGCACCACAAGCACCAGCCGGUGCAGCACGGGCACCACAAACCCGGCCGAGAGCUCAGGAAGAGGUCCGCUGAUGAUAGUUCCACUGACUGCAUAGAGAGCUGUGCACUUUAAGUUCCUCCGUUUAACCCUCAGUUCCUCCCGCCAAGAGCCCUACACCUUAAAGAAAUAGUUCACACAAUAAUUACAACUCCGCUGUCGUUUACUCACCCUCAUGCUGUUCCAAACCAGUAUGGCUUUAUUCCGUGGAACACAAAAGGAGAUAUUUUGAAGAAUGUUCACACUGCUCUUUUCCAAAGAUAUCGUAUGGCUUCAGAAGACUUGGAAUAUAGCACACAAGUCGUAUAGACAACUUUUGUAAUAUUUUAAUAGUUCUUUUAUAGUGCUUUUUUGUCCUUUAUGGAGCUCAAAACAGCCUCCAUGGCAAAAUAAAAAAUUCCGGUAACUGAAAAAUGGAAUUUGGAAGCAUAAACGUUACUACAUUUAUUAAAAAAAUAAACCUUUAUCUUCUUUUAAGAAUGUUGAGAUAUUUCUACUUGGAAAAAAAGACAAAAAUACUCAAUAAGAAAAUUCAUUCUUACAGUAUACUUUCAAAAUAUUUGUCAAAAUAAUAUAAUUUUGUGUUCCACAGAAGAAAGAAAGUUGAAUAUGUUUGGAACUACAUGAGAGUGAAUAAAUUAUUACAGAAUUUUCUCUUUUGGGUGAACUUUUCCUUUAAAACAAGAUGUAUAUUUCUGUAUAAAAAUAGCAGUAGAUGUGUGUUUAGAACAGCGAGUGCAUGUCACAAAUGUUUCUAAUAAUAUUUGCUAAAGAGCAAACAACCAAAUCGGACCGUUGAAUUAAACUCUUUGGUCAUUCCUACAAUCGGAUUCAUGUUUUUGAUACGGUGUUCCUGUAGACAGACGAGUGACUCUCACAGAGAAAUGUCCGGAUUAUAUUUCACUCCCAAAUUAUCAGGAAAAAGUAAAAACAUAAUAUAAAAUUAAAUCUAUAUAUUUUUAAAUCAAAAUAAUAAAAGAUACAAAUAAUUUGUGAAAAUGAUAUAAUACGUCAAGUUAUUUUUUUUUUAUUAUUCAAUAAAAUAAUAUGAAAUAAAAAUAAUCUCACAAUGCAAAAAAAUCUGAACGGUCCUUAAAAUAAUAAUCUUCAUUUUAUUUAUGUAAAAAUAAAAAACUUUUUUGGUGAAAUAUGACCUGGACGUUUCUUGACGGUUUUGUGAGAACCCUCCAGAGAGGACAAAAGUGAAUUCUUCGGGUCUAAACAAUCAUUUACAUGCUGUAAUUACUCUCAUUGUUUACAUAUAAUGUUAAAGGCACCAGUCUGAGGGUUUUAUUCGGACUGGUAUCAUUUAGUGGUGCGUUCACAUACAACGCGACGAAAAUGUACAGCUCGCAUUGCUCGUGCGAGUUUGACCGCUGGAUUAUAAAUGUGUGUUUUAAGUGUUGAGUAACGCGAACCCGCGAGUAUUCCCCCUGCUCUUCCGGAAAAGGACAGGAGGAGGGGCUUCUACGACUAGGUUCAUAGAGAGAGAGUUGCGACAACGGAAGUUCAAAAUGCGUGAUCGUCACGUGAUUCACGUAGACUUCAGAUAGUUCCAGGAAGUGCUUUGGCGGGCAUUUCAUACUGUUAGAGUAGAGUGACAGAACUGCGAUUUCUGGUAAUUAGUAGUCAAUAAAUGCAUUUAUUUUAUAUAUUUCUGUAACACACCGACAUAUGUAUGUAGCAUGAGUAUGUUGUUACAGCGAUGUUGUUUUUUAAAGAUCAAAUCAGCUAAUAUUUGAGGAUUAGUGUUCAGCUACCGUUAUUUGCCUCAACUUAUUUCAGGCUAGGGUUUCUGUUGCCUUUUUAUGUUACCUCAUGUUCAUUGUUUUCACUAAUCUCAUGGUAACUAAUGUCAUAUUUAUGACUUUUCAGAUAGUACAGAGACAGGCUGGUGACAGGUGAUGUCCAGCUCACGCCGCACAAUGGGUCAAUGAACUUUAACUAUUAGCAGCAGUUACGUAAAUGUAAAAUUUAGUGAAAUGAAGCUUAUUGUUUACAAUUCUUACAAUUCUAUAUAUAGUAAUAUAAUUAUUUAUGUAUUAUAAAUAUUAUAUAUCUAAUGUAUAAUUCUUACAAUACUUAUUCAUAUACACAAUAUAUUCAGCUUUAAAACAACUUAAGCAUACUCGUAUAUAAACUGCUGUUCAAAAGUAAUGAGGCUGAAAAUUCAGCUUUUACAAUUAAUAGGGUGUUCGUUACUAACUUUAUCCAGCUCCAGUCCUUGCCUAAUCUGUUAGUUAUCCGAUAACAUCCCUUAUCUCCUAAUUUAAUGAGUAAUACUCAACUAUAAGGUUUUAAUUUACAAGUUAUUUUUAUUUAGAUGUACUGAUAAUAUACAGAAUAAGAUAAUAUUAUUCUUUAAACGUCUCACCUUUUAAAGGUGCGUCGCAAACGGUUUGUUCUGAUGCAUCUCUACAGUGUUUGCUGCUACUUCCGGGAACUAUUGAGAGGCUCCACGAGCCGCCAUUGCUGUAAAAAAAUGUUCCAUUGGAGUCAAUGGAGUUGUCGCAACUCUCUCUCUAUAUGGCUCUGGUUCAUAGUAAAGUAUGACCAAUCGCUGGAAUCAAGUAUACGCGCAUAUUUUCAGAACUUACCAGGAAGUCCAACUUCCUCAUCACUUUCCUCCGAGCGACGUCUUUAUUCGUCCGGUCUCUGUACAUGUAUGACGUUGUGUCACACACCGCUACAACAAUGUUUUCAUCCGUUUCUCCAGAUUUCUUCUGCUACUGCAUCAAUAUGUCAGUGACAUCCGGACAAUCUCAAUGCUGAUAGGCUUUCGCGACAACGCGUCAUGCGGAUUUCUCGCAUGAGUUGAAAAAUGUAAACUCGCACAAAUGCGCGAAUGAAGCGAUUUUGCAUGUUCGAGUCGCGCCAUUCGCUUCAUUGAAUUCGCUUCUAUUCGCAUCUUUGCAUUGACUUUUUAUGUAAUCGCGCCGCGUGAAACGCUCGCUUCUCGUUGUAUGUGAACGCACCAUAAGUGAUUUCCUUGGUGCCAAAAUGUUCCAUUAGGCUUUCGUCUCAUCAGUGGAGGGAUGGUGCGCACAAUAUUACAAUGUUUUGUGAUUUUAUGCAGCUUUAAAACAAUCACAGUAUGUUUAAUGGUAUUAAUAACAGCUUUGUUUCUGGUUUAUUUGAUUUUUAUGGUUUGAUUCAAUAGUUUUGGUUUUUGGAAGUAAUAGCUGUGUACAGAUUGUGUAUAUUACAGUAGUCCUGCAGGAGACUGGUUUCACCUUCAAUGUAUGCCUUUAUCAAAUAAAUAAAAAC